AUGCGUAGAAUAAGCGACAUGGCGCAGGCAAAAAGUGAAUUUAUUGCAGAUCUUUUUGAGGAGCAGGCUACACCGCUGCUCAAGUACCUGACCGCGCGUUUUAAAAAUGUCGAUGAAGCCAAAGAAGUUGCCCAGGAAGCCUGGCUGCGGGUGUUUCGGCUUGAUCACCCCGAAGAGCUUGAAAACGCGAAAGCCUUUCUCUUUCAGACCGCUUCAAACCUGAGCAUCGACCGUAUCCGACGCGUAUCGUUGGAGCGCAAUCACGAUGUCAUGGCAGAAGAACCCGUGCAGUCUGUCGAGGCCACCGUCGCUGCUCAACAAACUUUGCGCACCAUCGAAGCGUCAUUGUUUGAGUUGCCCACCAAAUGCCGCCAGGCGUUUGUGAUGCAUCGGCAGAAAAACAUGUCUUACCCGAUGAUUGCCGAGCAACUGGGUGUCAGCACCAGUAUGGUUGAGAAAUACAUUAUCCAGGCACUGAAGCACUUUCGUAACAAAUUGGAUCAUCAGUUAGACAGUGCGGGCUCAGUGUCCGACCAGGCCAUAGAGUGGCUUGCACGUCUACGCGCUGACGAUGUCACGCCACAGGAAACCGCAGACUUUGCCAUCUGGCUUGCAGCGUCUAAGAAUCAUGAGCAGGCAUUUGAUACAGCCACUGAAAUCUGGCAGCUAACGGCACAUAUGCCACCCCUAUCGAUCAUAUUGAAACCCGCUACGCCGCGUUAUCGUAAAAUAUUGCCACUGGCGACUGCCGCUUCGGUCCUUCUCGCUGCAUUUCUGAUGGUGGUGCAGUUGGCCACGCCAGGUUUUACGACCGGCAAAGGUGAACAACGGCGGGUUGUGCUGGCGGAUGGCAGCAUUGCCUUUUUGAAUACAGCAUCAAAAAUCCAGGUUGAUUAUUCAACGGAUGAACGUCGCAUCAUCCUGCAGCAAGGGGAAGUCUGGUUUGACGUCGCUAAAAAUACAAAGCGUCCGUUUACAGUGGAUGGACAGUAUGCCGAUGCGCAGGCCGUUGGUACGGCGUUCAGUGUCCGAGAAACGCCUGGUUUUACCCGGGUCAGCGUGACUGAAGGUACGGUUGUGCUGUUCAAAGAGGAUGGUGAAGAAGGCUCCCAUUUAGGUCCAGGUGAUGAAGGUACUGUCACUGCAGUCACCAUGGACUACCGUCAGGUUGAUCCCGAUGUGGUUCUGGGCUGGCAGCGUGGGCAACUGGUUUAUAAUGAUGUAAGGCUGGAUGAACUGCUCCAAGACUUGAAUCGCUACCUUCCAAAAACCAUGGCAAUCAACGACCUGCACCUCGAAAGUCUGCGCGUCAGCGCUGUGCUCAAUCUCGACGAUCAGGAAGCGAUGCUUGAUGCACUCAGCAAAACGCUGCCGAUUCGCUGGAAAAGCCUGUCUGACACUCUGAUCAUCGUCACUUCCGACGCCUGA